GGGUAUAAAAGGCUGGAGGAGAUGGUGAGGGCGUACCACAUCCCCCAGACCAUACUGCUGCGGACGGGCGGGCAGAACGAAAGGGCCUGCACAGUGUCACCGACGGGCUGGAUACCAGUGUAUGCGGACCACUUCGAUGCCGGACUGCGGUUUCCUCUGCCCGGCUUGAUAUUCGAUCUGCUCGCAAAAUACGAGCUGGCGUUGACGCAACUAACGCCCAACAGCAUAAGGUUCAUUAUUGGCUUUAUGCUGUUGUGUGCGCGACUAGAGGUACCAGCCAAAGCGAUAGUGUUUAGAUCGCUAUUCCAGUGCCGGCUGUGUCCGAACUCACAAGGAGCGAGGUGGUAUUACCUCUCUGGGAGGGACAAGAGCCAGCUCUUCAAAAAUGUGAGGAAUAAGGUGGCGAGGUGGAAGAAGCAGUUUAUUUUUGUUCGCGACACGCGAGCAGAAAGGAUAAGCAACGACCUCGCUGCCAGGCUGUCUGAGUGGCGCACACCAAACGCCCACAUCAACUACCCCCAGCUGCUGCCCCGGGAUGUCGAUCUGAAGAACCAGCUGCUUCACGAAGGUAUAUUUUUAUCAUGUAACUUAGAUUCUAGUCGAGCUGAGGCUUAUGCAUUUUUUUGUGCAGGAGAAAUGAGCAGCAUCCUAGAGCGCCAACGACAACGUGCCCAAGCCUCACGAGGUCGCGGGGGUAGCAGCGGGCAACCCAAGCAGACGCGAUUUGACGAGCGGCCACCCCCAGCGCCUCAGUCACGUGGCUCGUCACACAGGGGAUCCAGCUCGUCGACAAGGCCCCGAGCAGAGCAUCGAGCUGAGGCUUCAGCUCCGAGCGAGCGUAGGCGCGCACGCGAGGAGACGGAGAGUGAAGAUGAGGUCCCCCUAAUACGACGCAGAACAAGCGGGGGGACUCAGCCUGCACAGGCGGCCCGUCCUGUAACUGUGCGUUCUCCAAGCGCACCGUCAGGGACUGUGCGGGCAGCAGUGGAGCCCGCCUUUGCUCCGACCUCAACAUCUGGCCCUAGGAUUGCUUAUCCUGAGGGCUUCAGCUAUAUAAGGGCGGAGUGCCAACCCGCCAUGGUGCAGGCCAUGCACAGCUUCGUGCCACCCAUGGACAAUAAGCGGGCGAAGGCUUUUGUGCAGCAGCAUGGCGGGCAGGUCGCCAUGAUAAAAUUGAUGGAUGCGUUCAGCUACGCGGUAGCACUGUACGAGAGCGAGCAAGCUGCUCGUACAGAGAAUACCGAGCUCGGUUCGAAGUGCAAGCAGCUGGCCAUGGAGAAGGCUAGCCUUGUGGACGAUGUGAAUCGUCUGCAAGGCUCUGAGAUGGCGAACCGAGCCGCGGCUGCUGAGAGCCGGGCGGACGAGCUCGCCCACAAGAUCGAUGAGCUCAAGGAGGAGCUAGAGCGCGCCCAGGCCGAGCGAGAGAGUGGAAUUCAAGCAGCCAAGGAUGAGGCCGGUCGGGUUGAAGAGCGGGCAAAGAAGGCUGAGGCCGACAGGGAUCAUGCUCAGCACGAGCUGAGCUCCUUUAGGCACCAGGACGCUGUGGCGGUGGCGUCGGCAAAUGUAACCACGGAGAUCUACAAUGAGAUCCGUGGGAAAGUACUGCAGCACCGCCCAGAUUUUUCGAUCCGCGAGCUGGUGUUUUUUGACGAGGAGGAGCUGGACGAACAGGGUAAGAGCCUGGCUCCCCUUGCUGACACUACUGUGAAGCUGAGGUGGGACUUGAACGAGGAGGGCGUGCCCGUCUGGCCGCCGUCCGUGCUGGAGGACGGUGAGGAUCCAGCAGGACUGCCCUCGUUCGAUGCAUGGGUGGAAGGUGCUCCUGUAGCUGAGCAGGAGCCUUCAAGCACCCCGCCCAACUCUCAGCCAGCCGUGGUGCCAGCCAGCUCGCCCGUCAGCGUGCCAGCGUCUGAGCUCGCCGCCCGAUCUCCUCCUGCUCGUUCACCUGCAGCUGCGGCGAACGCAUCCAUGCCCGUCGAUCUGACGGAUGACUAGGCCUAGGAAUUUCUAUUUUAUUUUUUGUAUUUUUGUUUUGGCCUUUUUGUAUUUGAUCGACGGAUUCAGAUCGCCUGUGCUUUUAAUGUAAUAUCGUUGAUGGAAUACAAAAAUGAAUUUUGU